CCCGCGAGCGGGGCGGUGCCACGUACGGCUCCGGAAGAAGCGACGGAAUCUGCUAGGGCACAAGAGAGGCGAGCGCUCGCGCUCUUGCGGUCCUCUUCCGUCAGUGUCUUUUGCUUCGACUCCCGGCGGAGCGCGCAACGUGGAGUGACGUGCAGGGGCCAAGUGCAACCCAGGCAGCCACGGCCGUUUCAGAGCUCGGGACUCUAAAAUGGCAGAGCAGCUUUCUCCAGGAAAGGCGGCGGAUCAGGUGUGCACCUUCCUUUUCAAAAAGCCUGGGCGGAAAGGGGCUGCUGGACGCAGAAAGCGCCCGGCCAGCGCCCCAGAGCCCGGAGAAAGCGGCAGCAGUAGCGACGAAGGCUGCACUGUGGUUCGACCGGAAAAGAAGCGGGUGACCCACAAUCCAAUGAUACAGAAGACCCGUGACAGUGGUAAACAGAAGGCGGCUUACGGCGACUUGAGCAGCGAGGAGGAAGAGGAAAAUGAGCCCGAGAGUCUCGGCGUGGUUUAUAAAUCCACCCGCUCGGCGAAACCCGUGGGACCAGAGGAUAUGGGAGCGACAGCUGUCUAUGAGCUGGACACAGAGAAAGAGCGCGAUGCACAAGCCAUCUUUGAGCGCAGCCAGAAGAUCCAGGAGGAGCUGAGGGGCAAGGAGGAUGACAAGAUCUAUCGGGGAAUCAACAAUUACCAGAAAUACAUGAAGCCCAAGGAUACGUCUAUGGGCAAUGCCUCUUCCGGGAUGGUGAGGAAGGGCCCCAUCCGAGCGCCCGAGCAUCUACGUGCCACUGUGCGCUGGGAUUAUCAGCCCGACAUCUGUAAGGACUACAAAGAGACUGGCUUCUGCGGCUUCGGAGACAGCUGCAAAUUCCUCCAUGACCGUUCAGAUUACAAGCAUGGGUGGCAGAUCGAACGUGAGCUUGAUGAGGGUCGCUAUGGUGUCUAUGAGGAUGAAAACUAUGAAGUGGGAAGCGAUGAUGAGGAAAUACCAUUCAAGUGUUUCAUCUGUCGCCAGAGCUUCCAAAACCCAGUUGUCACCAAGUGCAGGCAUUAUUUCUGCGAGAGCUGUGCACUGCAGCAUUUCCGCACCACCCCGCGCUGCUAUGUCUGUGACCAGCAGACCAAUGGCGUCUUCAAUCCAGCGAAAGAAUUGAUUGCUAAACUAGAGAAGCAUCGAGCUACAGGAGAGGGUGGUGCUUCCGACUUGCCAGAAGACCCCGAUGAGGAUGCAAUUCCCAUUACUUAGGUUUCCCAUAAUUCUUAAAUUUAAAAAAUAAAUAUUUUGUUCUUUUGGAA